UCGCAUUUGCAACGUUUUCUGACUCCUUUUCUUCAGGAUGCACCACCACCAGAGCAGUAACUCAAAUCCCCUCCCUGGCGUUUGUACAUUUCCAUCCUUUGUGGAUUUCCUAGGAGUAAAUACCAGCGACGUAAUUGAUCUACCGGUUCCAGGCCCCCGCGAGGGCGGAGUCUCCCGACGGUUUAGAAAAACGCCCGCCCCGCCCCUUGCUCAACCCACUCACCCCCAGACGUCCAGGAGUGACCCGCCUGCCGCCGUCUCCGCCCCCACAUGUUGUUCCUCCGAGCAGGGCCCGCUGCAGCAGCAGUGGUUCUACGAGCGCUUCUGCCCUCCGGCUGCGUCGCUAUGCACACCGGCAGCUUCACCGUCUCGAAACCCCUCAAUUACCGCGACGGGAGCCGAGUGCAGCCCGUCGACGGUUCUGGCACCGAGGAGGCUUACGAGCCGGCCACGGGCCGAGUCAUAGCUACUUUCCUCUGUUCUGGAGAGAAGGAAGUAGAUUUGGCCGUUCAGAGUGCAAAGGCUGCUUUUAAAAUAUGGAAGAAGAAAUCCGGCAUGGAGCGUGCCCGAAUCCUUCUGGAAGCUGCCAGGAUAAUGAGAGAACGGAAGGAAGAAAUCGCUGCUGUGGAGACCAUCAACAAUGGGAAAUCUAUCUUUGAGGCUCUCUUAGAUAUUGAUACUUCUUGGCAGUGCUUAGAGUACUAUGCGGGCUUGGCUGGUUCCAUGGCAGGUGAGCAUGUCCAGCUGCCUGGUGGAUCAUUUGGAUAUACCAGACGGGAACCUCUCGGGGUUUGUGUUGGAAUUGGAGCAUGGAACUACCCUUUCCAGAUUGCUAGCUGGAAGUCCGCCCCAGCUUUGGCUUGUGGUAACGCCAUGAUCUUUAAGCCUUCUCCUUUCACGCCCGUGUCAGUGUUGCUGUUGGCUGAAAUCUAUACUGAGGCUGGGGUGCCUCCUGGGCUCUUCAACGUGGUGCAAGGUGGGGCUGCCACAGGCCAGUUUCUAUGCCAGCAUCGUGAUGUGGCCAAAGUUUCUUUCACUGGGAGUGUGCCCACUGGCAAGAAGAUCAUGGAGUUGUCCUCUAAAGGCAUCAAACCCGUCACCCUGGAGCUUGGAGGCAAAUCUCCUCUCAUCAUCUUCUCGGACUGCGAUAUGGAGAAUGCUGUGAAGGGAGCGAUGAUGGCCAACUUCCUCACUCAAGGCGAGGUUUGUUGUAAUGGCACUAGAGUGUUUGUGCAAAAAGAAAUUCUGAAUAAAUUCACAGAGGAAGUGGUAAAACAAACCCAAAAGAUAAAGAUUGGGGACCCCCUUCUGGAAGACACAAGAAUGGGCCCCCUCAUCAACCGACCACAUCUACAACGUGUCCUUGGGUUCAUCGAACAGGCAAAGAGCCAGGGUGCUAAAGUGUUGUGUGGUGGAGAUGUGUAUGUGCCAGAGGAUCCCAAACUGAAGGAUGGUUACUACAUGAAACCUUGCAUACUAGGGAAUUGCAAAGAUGACAUGACUUGUGUGAAGGAAGAGAUCUUUGGACCAGUCAUGUCCAUUUUGCCCUUUGACACAGAGGACGAGGUCCUUGAGAGAGCAAAUGACACCACCUUUGGACUUGCUGCUGGUGUCUUCACAAGGGAUAUCCAGCGGGCUCACCGAGUGGCAGCUGAGCUUCAAGCUGGAGUGUGCUACAUUAACAAUUACAAUGUUAGCCCUGUGGAAUUGCCCUUUGGUGGCUUUAAGAUGUCAGGAUUUGGCAGAGAGAAUGGGCGUGUGACAAUUGAGUAUUAUUCACAGCUGAAGACCGUCUGUGUCGAGAUGGGUGAUGUGGAGUCUGUAUUCUGAUGAGCUGAGGCAAAGAUCUGUGAAAACAGCACCACGUGGUGGGGUCACAAGAUGAACAUCUUGGCACCAAACAUAACUGAAAGCUAAUUGGGACCCAGGCCUGUUCAGCCUUUGGAAUUCUGGUCCUUCAAGAGGAGAGAAUUGAGUGAUUCUCUUUUCUCAUCCCAGUUCCCUGUUAAAAACAUGUAAUAACAUUUUCUACAGAUUAACCAAAAGAACUUUGAUUUUUCUUCAGUGUAAAUCUCUACAACACCCUAAAGUGCCAACUCUUUGUUCUCUCUAGGAGAGUAGGAAUACCUAGAACUUAAAGGGAUUAGAUCUAUCAGUGGUGUUUGUUGUUUCUGCCUAACCUGUUUUAAAGUUAGAAAGGUGAUAUUUUUGCUUAGUGAUUAUUUUUAUUAAAUAUCUUAGUCUCAUUCCGUUGUUGGACACAGCUUUAUUAAAAUGUAGGUAAAGUCACUUUUCCUGCUUAGUACAGUUAAGGCUUAGGUCAGACAGAGUUUUUAACACCAGUUGCAUGAAAGACUUUGCUUCCUUUCAGAGCCAGUAUAGGAGUCUCUUUGGCUUCCUUCUUGAAAUAUCCUCAUCUGGCAAACCCUUAGCCACUUCUGUGACCAGCAGGUAGAAAGUUUUUGUAUGUUCAUGUAAGAAUGAAACGGUCAGAUUGAGCUGAAGCAGAUGAAUCAUAGUGGAAUUGCAUCCCAUGAACAUCUAGCUUAUCCGAAUUCAAAUAUAUAUGUUGGGCAAAAGAGAGAGAGAGAGAAAGAAAAAGAGAAGGAGAGAGAGAGAGAGCCAGAAAUAACCAUUGUACCAGUUCAGGACCUCAUUUAGCCUAUUCCUUGGAAGGAAGUGUGCCCUGGGAGCCGUGAAUGUGCUGUUCUUUUUCCACUUCCCACAGUCCUCCCUCUUGGUUUGAUUCCAGGGUGAUUUUAGAAGCUUUUUUUCACUAGACAUGCAGACACUGUGCCUUCUGCUUAGGCCACUUGAGCUGAUGGACAGAUGGUCCUCGAUGGCUGUCCUGACAUUCUUGGCCUCUCCUGAGUUUUCUUUGUUUUCCUUUUGUGAUGCUGAUGUAGGAAGAAGAAAUAGUUAUGUGGUGGAGUAUUCACUUCUAUGUGAAGCCUGUUCAAGAGUACUUUUUUUCUAAUCGUUAAUGAUCCUGUUUUUGUUUUUUUUUCUCUACUUGUGUAAAAGUCCCAGUUCAGCUUCUGUCCUGAUCAAUAGCCUGUCUGGUCAUCAUGAAAAAUAAAAUUUAAAAGCAUAUCUCAGA